AUGGUGAAGCAGACCAUACAGAUUUUCGCGAGGGUGAAGCCCACUGUCCGGAAGCAGCAACAAGGGAUUUAUUCCAUAGAUGAAGAUGAAAAAUUAACCCCUAGCCUGGAAAUUAUCUUACCACGUGAUUUGGCAGAUGGAUUUGUGAAUAAUAAGCGAGAAAGCUACAAAUUUAAAUUUCAAAAGAUUUUUGAUCAGGGUGCAAACCAAGAGACCAUUUUUGAAAACAUUGCCAAACCAGUUGCUGAGAGUGUCUUGGCAGGUUACAAUGGUACCAUCCUUGCUUAUGGGCAAACAGGCAGUGGGAAGACAUUCACCAUCACUGGUGGGGCAGAACGCUACAGUGACCGAGGCAUUAUCCCAAGGACACUGUCGUACAUUUUUGAACAAUUACAAAAGGACAGCAGCACAAUACAUACAACGCACAUUUCCUAUUUGGAAAUCUACAAUGAAUGUGGUUAUGAUCUAUUGGAUCCAAGACAUGAAGCCUCCAGUUUGGAAGAUUUGCCGAAAGUGACAAUAUUGGAGGACCCUGAUCAGAACAUUCACCUGAAAAACCUGUCUCUCCAUCAGGCAGCCACAGAGGAAGAAGCUCUAAAUCUGCUCUUCUUAGGAGACACCAAUAGAAUGAUUGCUGAGACUCCAAUGAACCAGGCUUCAACUCGUUCCCACUGCAUUUUCACUAUUCACUUAUCAAGCAAGGAACCAGGAUCUGUGACUGUCCGGCAUGCUAAACUUCAUUUGGUUGAUCUGGCUGGUUCAGAGCGAGUUGCGAAGACUGGAGUAGGGGGCCAACUUCUAACGGAGGCCAAGUAUAUCAACUUGUCCCUACAUUACUUAGAACAGGUGAUCAUUGCUCUUUCCGAAAAACACCGUGCACACAUUCCCUACAGGAACUCCAUGAUGACCAGUGUCCUAAGAGACAGUUUGGGAGGGAACUGCAUGACGACCAUGAUCGCAACACUCUCUUUAGAGAAAAGGAAUAUCGACGAGUCGAUAUCUACCUGUAGAUUUGCACAACGAGUGGCGCUCAUAAAGAAUGAAGCUGUUCUUAAUGAAGAAAUCGAUCCUAAAUUGAUGAUUAUACGCCUACAAAAAGAAAUCCAGGAACUGAAGGAUGAACUGGCCCUUGUCACUGGGGAGCAGAGGACAGAGGUGCUCACAGACGCAGAGCUGCUUCAGCUGGAAAAACUAGUAUCAUCCUUUUUGGAAGACCAAGAUCCAGAAAGUAGACUAGCGGUUGGCACUGAUAUGCGUAAAAUUCAUCACUGUUUCCAUCAUUUAAAGAAACUAUUGAAUGACAAGAAGAUUCAGGGAAAAAGCACAGUCUCCUCUGAAAUCAAAGAUCAAGACUGCCAAGAACCAUUAAAAGAGGAAGAAUACCAAAAGCUCCGAGACAUUCUACAGCAGAGGGAUAAUGAAAUCAAUAUUCUGGUCAAUAUGCUAAAGAAGGAAAAAAAGAAAGCUCAAGAUGCUCUCCACUUAUCCAGCAUGGAUAGAAGUGAAUGUAGACACUCACAGAGCUCGCCCUUCCCACCUGGGAACCCUGAAGGUCUGAGGACGUUGCCAUCCUCAGCAACCACACAAGUCCAGGAUGUCAGCACUUUUGGGUACCAAUCCAGUUUGCUCCAUAGAAAAACAGGGAUGAGAGAAGACAUGUCAUUAGGACGACAAGAGGCUUUUGAAAUCUUCAAGAGGGACCACGCUGACAGCAUCACCAUCGAAGACAACAAACAGAUUUUGAAGCAAAGAUUUUCUGAAGCGAAGGCCCUGGGAGAAAGUAUAAAUGAAACAAGAAAUAAAAUUGGUCGCCUGAAGGAAGAAAUCAUCCAGCGGCAUAUGCAGCAGGUAGCUCUAGGCAUUGCAGAAAACACAGCCGUGCCUUCAAUACCAGACUUGAUGGAAGAGAAGCUUCGAUCCCAGCUGGAGGAAGAAAAGAGAAGGUAUAAAAUAAUGUUCACCCGCCUGAAGGCCCUGAAGGUGGAGAUCGAGCACUUGCAGCUGCUCAUGGACAAGGCCAAGGUGAAGCUGCAGAAAGAGUUUGAAGCCUGGUGGACAGAGGAAGCCACCAGCCUGCAGGUAAACUCGCCAGCAGUGAACUCACUCACUCACAUGAAGCCCUUUCCCCAGACGCCUGAGUCCCAGCAGGAGAGGCCUCAGCUUCUCUCUAACAAAAGCGAAGUGAACGCCAGGAAAAUCUUGCCCUCGCCGUACCCCACCCCACAGAGCCGGGAGCACAGCAGCACCAGCGGCCGCCUGGAAGACAGCAUCCCUAAGAGGCCAGCAUCAUCUGUCCCUCUCACCGGGGACAGCCAGACAGACUCGGACAUCCUGGCAUUCAUCAAGGCCAGACAGAACAUUCUGCAGAAGAAAUGUUCAGGCCUGAGAACACCAUUAACAGUUGAAGAAGAAAUACUUGUGGUGUGUCAGACAACAGGAAGAGAACGAAAAGGCCCUUCCUGGCCUUGUCACCCGCUUCCCCCAUCUUCCUCUUGGCAGCUGGCGCCUGGCUGUGGACAGGCCUUCUCUUCUCCUGCCUCCCCUCUCCCCAGAGACCCCCAGGGAUGA